AGUCUCCACAUUGUCUCCAAAGGCCAGCCACAGAGUCCAAGCCAGUGUCCUGAGAGACACAAGGUCCCCAGAGGCCAGUGUGUGGCACAUGCCAGAUUUGAGCUCUGCAUGGUCCAGAGGGAGGGUAAAGAGAAGCCAUUGCGUCCCUCCAGGGAGUGGGCCACUUGGCCACGUGUCCUGAAUCUGCGUUUCUGGACUUGAACUGCAGGGAGGGCUCUCCUCCGGGGCAGUGGUCAGUUCUGGCCCUGCCACCCUCCCACUGUCCCUCUGUCCCUGUUCCCAGGACAUGCCCAAGCCUGCAGUUCCAACCCACUUACGUCCUCUUGGGUCUCCUGGGCAAGCCUGUCCCCAGACAUGGGGGCCUUUCUUUAGAAGGCCACUGAGUGGCCACUGACCAUGAGUCCUAUGUGAUCAGGGCCCCUUCCCUUUGCUUUGCUGGUCAGUACGACCGCCUGAUGCCCCGUGUGCAGAGCCUUGGCCUGGACUCCCCAGUCUGCGGCCAGUGCCACCUCUUGGCCAGUCAGCAGCGGGCAGCCCCUUAGUCUUGGGCAAGGAUGUAGCCCCGGGGCAGCCCGCCCACAGCUCCUCCUUGGCCUGGAACACGGCCUGGCCAGGGGGGAGACCAGCUCAGAGCCAGUCACUCAAUUCUAGAACCAUCUUCCUGCCAGAACCCCGAGGCCAGGACUGGGGCCACCCUUCUGGACGCACAGCAGCCUCACAGCAGGGGGGCUUUGGGCUAUGCACAAGGAGGCCCCUGCUGCCCUGCCUGACCCCAGAGCUAGCCGAGGGAGCGCCCCGAGGGCAGGUGGAGAGCCAUCUUUGGGAGCAGAGGGUGACGGCCCCUGCAGGGCAGAGCCUUGGCAAAGCCCCUGUCCACCGACUGCCGUCAGCCCCAGCCCUGGUCUGUGCCUCUAGCCCAGGUUCCUCCUGGCGUCUGGGGCCACUGGUGGAAAGCUGGGCCUGGAGGGUCCUGGGCAGGGGCAGCGGGCCCAGGAGGGCUCCAGAUGAGGGGGUGUUGGGUUUUGUGUUCUGUCCUGCAGAGGAAGCGACUGGCCUCCAGCUAUCUCAACAACCCCCUGUUCCUCACAGCACGAGCCAAUGAGGAGCCCUGCUGGAAGAGCGAGAUCACCCAGGAUGAGCACUGUGCCAUCUGCAAGCGAGGGGCCAGCCUGCAGCCCUGCGGCACCUGCCCGGGGGCCUACCACCUCAGCUGCCUGGAUCCGCCCCUCAAGACGGCACCCAAGGGCGUGUGGGUGUGCCCCAGGUGCCAGCAGAAGGCCUUAAAGAAAGACGAGGGUGUGCCCUGGACCGGGAUGCUGGCCAUUGUGCACUCCUAUGUCACCCACAAGACAGUGAAAGAAGAGGAGAAGCAGAAGCUGCUGCGGCGGGGCGGCGAGCUGCAGAGCGAGCGCCAGCAGCUGGAAGAGCGCGACAGACAGCUGGCGUCCGCGGUGAAGAAGUGCUUGGAACUCAAGACCAGCCUGCUGGCCCGCCAGAGGGGCACCCAGUCAUCGCUGGACCGCCUCCGGGCCCUCCUGAGACUGAUCCAGGGCGAGCAGAUGCUCCAGGUUGCCAUGGCAGCCACCAGCCCCACCCCGCUGCUGGCCGGGCCCUGGACCAAGCCCUCAGCAGCCACCAUGCGCUCCACCCUUCAGCACCCCCAGGGCCACAACUGACCCUAGGGACCUAUCUUCAGCCCAAGAAAGUCAUUGGGACCCUGCUCA